CCGAGGCACCUCGCUCCCGGAUCAGUUUACUCCCCGAAGUGGGAGAGUGCUGCGACUCCCGGAAUCGCGGUUCCCCCUCCCGCCUUAAUCCCAUUUUCCUUUCCCACCCCCUACGCGAAAUUUUCAUUUCUGGGUUGGAAGUGGGGGGGACUUUUGGGUACAUGUAGGGGGGAGGGGGAGCCGACCGCAGGAGGGAGUCGAUCGCAAGAUCAGUCCAACCAAGAGUCUCGGACCCUCAGCUCCUCAUAACAGGUAGCUUUGUUUUGUUUGUCGGUUGAGUGUGAACUAACCAAAAGCCAAGAUGGACGCGAUCAAGAAGAAGAUGCAGGCGAUGAAGAUGGAGAAGGACACGGCGAUGGACAAGGCCGAUACCUGUGAAGGGCAGGCUAAGGACGCCAACAUGAGAGCCGAUAAAAUCCUCGAGGAUGUCAUGGACUUGAAGAAAAAAUUGGCUCAAGUGGAAGCUGACCUCGACAAGAACAAGAGGGAACUGGAACAAGGCAACAAAGAUCUGGAAGAGAAAGAGAAAGCUCUCACCAACGCUGAGAGUGAAGUCGCCGCCUUAAACAGGAAGGUCCAAAUGGUGGAAGAGGAUUUGGAAAGAUCCGAAGAAAGAUCUGGAACAGCCGCCAUGAAAUUGGCUGAAGCUUCCCACGCCGCUGAUGAAGCAUCCCGUAUGUGCAAAGUAUUGGAGAACAGAAGCCAACAGGAUGAAGAAAGGAUGGACCAACUGACCAACCAGUUGAAAGAGGCUAGGCUUCUUGCUGAAGACGCUGAUGGCAAAUCUGACGAAGUCGCAAGAAAACUGGCCUUCGUUGAAGAUGAGCUUGAAGUUGCUGAGGAUCGCGUCAAAUCUGGGGACUCAAAGAUCAUGGAGUUGGAGGAAGAACUCAAAGUCGUCGGAAACAGCUUGAAAUCUCUCGAGGUUUCCGAGGAAAAGGCCAACCAGAGAGUAGAGGAAUAUAAACGUCAAAUUAAGCAACUUACUGUCAAACUAAAAGAGGCUGAGGCUCGUGCUGAAUACGCCGAGAAGACAGUCAAGAAGUUGCAGAAGGAGGUCGACAGGCUGGAAGACGAACUCGGACUCAACAAAGAUCGUUACAAGUCUCUCGCCGACGAGAUGGACUCGACCUUCGCCGAAUUGGCCGGCUAUUAGACACCUCAACCACUCAAACCAAAAAUUUCGCCAAGCAACAUCCUCGGGGUAUUAUCCAUGUUGUCAUCUUACUCCGCCGUGUCUACCUGGACGGCUUUGGGCUUACUCUCCACUCGAAAUGCUGCUAACAAACCUGCUUACUUUCUAUUUAUCUCGUUUUUUUGCUGUUAUUAAUUAUUUGUUAAUUUGCAAAUUAGACUACGGAAAAUUUGUUUUUCUCUAAAUUAUCUUCACUAUUUGUGCUUAAGUUAAAAAAAAUUAAUUUUAGUCGUGUGUGGGUUGAAACGUAGGACUAACACGUUGUUAUAUAUAGUAUACUUUAUAUAUACAAUCGUGUCUAUGAAUCCAAGUGCUGACCCCUCUGUAUAUUUUCUAGUCUUUACUCUAAGUCAAUAUAUCUUUUUUUUUUUUUUUAAUUUAAAUAAUAUUUUAAUUUUAACUGUAAAAAUAAUAAUGGUAAAAGCAAAAAGGUUAAGUAUAUAUAAAAUUAAGAUCUAGGGUAAGUGGUAUGUAAGCAGCUUCGUUCAUUGUAUUAUCACAAGUAGGCCUGAAGUAAACAACAACUUGAUUUAACACCUGAUAUAAUGAACAAGCAACUACCUGAAACUUUAUUUUGUAAAUUUUACAAAUAAGCGAACCGAAAAGGGAAUAUUUUAAUUUAAAGAAUAGAAUUACUUGUUAAUCUAAGUAUAAGGAUGUUGUCAUUAAAAAAUAUCACAUUAGUUAAGUAUAAUAUCAAUGUAAGCCAUUAUAUUAGGCUACUAAAUAAAAGUAUCGAUGAAUUGCUUGACGAAUAA